GAUUUUUGUAAGAAAUGUCCCUGAUUGGCUAUUCAGUGAACGAAAUUCAAAAUACCGGAAGUGAUGGUUGAUUAUAGAGAAAUUUAUUGUUUAGUAGUAACAAUAACAAAUUCUAAUGUUUAAUUUAUAAGAUAUUUUGUAUAAAUUCUGUAAAUAUAUUGAUGUAAAUAUUUAAUAGCAAGUGAUUUACUUAUUGCCUCUGCAAUGAAGUCACAAAGAGGCAAAUCUCAGCGUAAACAAGCCGCCUCUCCUAGUCAGUCAGAACCAGUUGAGGUUUACUGUAGAAUACGACCCAUUGAUGACCCUGGCGAUACAGUUUGUGUGAAGCCCAUUGGAGACUCAUUAGUCCAACUGAUUCCCCCUGAGAUUUCAUCUUUAAGGAAUGGAGUAACAAAAGAGUACCAGUACACAUUUCGGCAAGUGUUUGAUGAGACUGCUAGUCAGAAAGCUGUGUUUGACCAGACAGCGCUCCCAUUGGUUGAGGAUUUGGUGGCAGGAAAAAAUGGUCUGUUGUUCACUUAUGGUGUUACUGGUUCUGGAAAGACGUACACUAUGACUGGGGAGCCCCAGGACCAAGGAAUUUUACCUAGAUGUCUUGAUGUGCUUUUCAACAGCAUUGACAAUUAUCAAGCUAAGAAAUAUGUUUUUCGCCCUGACAGAAUGAAUCGCUUUGAGGUACAGACAGAAGCAGACGCCAUGAUGGAAAGACAGAGAAGGGAGAUUAUGCCCAACCUUACAACACCAAGCAAAGCUUCGUUGAAAAGGCCAGAAUCUGGAGAGCGUAUCUGUGAUCCAACCAAAGUGGAUACUGUGGAGGAGGAUAAUAACUACGCUGUCUUUGUUUCCUACAUUGAGAUCUACAACAACUACGUGUAUGAUCUGCUGGAGGAGCUGCCCUACAACUCCAUCACUGGAUACAAGCCUCCACAAACCAAAAUUCUACGUACAGACUCAGGGGACAACAUGUACGUUCACAAUUGUACAGAAGUAGAAGUCAAGCAAUCCCAGGAUGCAAUUGAUGUUUUCUAUAAAGGUCAGAGACGGCGAAAGGUGGCUCAUACGGCAUUGAAUGCUGAGUCUAGUCGAAGUCAUAGUGUUUUUAAUAUUCGAUUAGUACAGGCUCCGUUGGAUGAACGGGGGGAAGAAGUUGUACAGGAUGAUGUCAUGUGCUAUGAUUCUGAGAAGAUCUGCGUCUCACAAUUAUCACUUGUGGACUUAGCUGGCAGUGAGCGAUCUAAUCGUACAAAGAAUUCGGGUGACCGCCUGAAAGAGGCUGGCAAUAUCAAUCAGUCCUUGAUGGUGCUUCGAAACUGUUUGGAAGUUCUCAGAGAAAACCAGAAAACUGGCGCUAGCAAAAUGGUGCCAUACAGAGAUUCCAGACUGACUCAUCUGUUCAAAAACUUCUUUGAUGGAGAUGGGAAAGUGCGUAUGAUUGUGUGUGUGAACCCCAAAAUGACAGAAUAUGAUGAAACAAUUCAUGUAAUGAAGUUUGCUGAGAUGACCCAAGAAGUUCUCAUUACAAAAUCUCAACAGUCGAAUAAAUUUGACCUUGGCCUUACACCAGGGCGCAGACACCUGCAUGAACUUCAGCUAGAAAAUGCUGUUGCUUCCCCAGAAAUAUUGAAUCCACCACCCCUGCCUUCUAUGUUGGACUUCACCUUUGGACCGCCCUUUCCACUACUUGAGAUGGUCAGCCCAACAGAUGAUGUCACAACUAGAAAUAUUAUACAGUGCUUAAAUGAAAGGAUACGCCGUCGGCAGGAAAUGUCUUUAGAUUUUGAAAGAUCUUGUACAUUUUUCCGCUCGCAGCUAGUUGAAUUUGAACAAGACCACAAAGUGACCAAGAGCCGACUGAUAGAGAUUGAGGACAAGUACAGCCAAAAAGAAAAGCUGUUUACCAAGAUGGAGAGUAAAAACAAAAAGCUAGAGAGAAAAGUGGAUGAGCUGAGCAAACAGCUUAAAGAUAUGGAGAGGGAGAAUCAGCUUUUGGGUCUACAGGUCCAAGAUAAAAAUUGGAAAAUUCAGGCAGAGAAAAACAACUUUGACAAAUUAAAGGCAGACUUUCGAAACCGACUACAGAUGAAUAAUAUGGCAUGGGAGAAAAACUUGGAAAAGGCUAGGCGACAGCUGGAGAAAGAGGCAGAGAACCAGUUAGAUGAGAGGGACAGAAAGCUGGAAAUGCUGCGGGACAUAGUCAAUGAGAACGACCUCCCUCCUGCUACUCCCUCUCGUGCUCGGAUGCGCACCGCACCCCAACCCACCCCCAAGCCCCGCACAUACACAAACUCUGCAGGGAUCCAGACAGCCAUCUCAGAAACAGAUAUUACCUCAGUGGGGUCCAGCACCAUUGCAUCCUCGGCAAGAGCUGCGGCAGGGAGAGCUGGCAACACUAGGGUGACAUCAAGAAGCACAAACCGAAUUCCAGCAGCCAAGUCAAUACCUAACCUAUCCCAAGUUGGAGUGACUCCCUCCUCUAGUAAAUCUAGACAACCUGUAGUUAAUCCAAGAUAUCACAGACGUUCAAAGUCUUCAGGCAGCGCUGAGCAAUGGCUAGAACACAAGCCAGCAGAUAUAGUGGAAACAAAUACCAUCUUCCAACCCCAAAUGACCAAGAAGAAGUCAGUGACAAAGCUGGAUGUGAAAGAUACCAAGACUGCCACAAAAUAUGUACUUACUCACCAGGAGCAGGACUCUAGUGAUGAACUAGUCACUAAACUCAUAAAGGGUGAUGUCAUCCCAACACUGGGUGGAGGAGCUGCUGUGGUUUUCCAUGAUGUAGAGACCCUAAAGCAGGUGUCUCCAGGGUCGCGCAAGAGGCGCAGCCCAACUACACCAAGGUAUGACCCAGCUUUACAGUGGACAGACACAGAGGAGAGGUGUUCUGUGGCCCUUGAAGGACAUAAGCGAAGUAGAACCACCAACUUGUAAAUCUAAACUUGAGUUAUGCUUUAAUGUCGACACAUAUCUUGAUAAUUACAUCUAGAAAUGUGGGUGUGUUUCAUCCGGUUCCAUUGCAGUUCUCUUUUGAUCUUUUCUGUGAAAAUAUUUUGUUCUGCAGUGAAAUAGGUGAACCAGCGUUUAAACUUGGUCAGAAAUCUAGAUUGCCAAAAUGUCACUCACUAGAAUAAGCUUAUUUUUUAUUUUAGGACAAUAUUUUUAUUUCAUAUUUUAAAAAAUUAUCAAUUCCUGGUAGCUGAUUUGAAGGGUUGGAUAUUCAUUGACUUUUAAUUCAAUUUUUAAAAUGAUUUUGUGUGUGUGUGUUUUGUGUUUUUUUUUGUUUUGUUUUUUUUCAUCUAAACUGAUAUAGAUGUGUAACAUAUAUCGAAUAUAGGUUAGUUAAUUAGUGAACAUUUAAUAUAGUAAAACUGUUUCUUAAAAAUGUAUUUGUAUUUAUCAUGGUGAGAAUUCUAGCAUGCAUUGUACUUGUAAACAUAAAACCUACUUUGUACAUUCUCGAUAUGGUGAAGAAAUAAUUUACAGCACUGACUGUACUAUCUCAAUUCUUGAGAUAUUGCUACUGUCAGACAGAAACUUACAGUUUCAUACCAGUGAAAUUAAUGAAUACAAAAUCCAUCUUGUUGAACAGUGAAAUCACCCAACGUUUACCAACUUUUAGAACAAAACAUAAAUUUCUUCUGUUUAAUUGGAUAUUUUGAAUUAUGGUUUAGUAAAUUGGUUUCUAAAACUUGUUUGGGUCAUGGUGUCCGACUUGUUAUCUUUAUGAUUUCAGGUAUCCAACAAUAAAAAUUUUAGCCUAUAAUUGACUUACAUUUGAGAAUACAUAUAUAUAAAAGAAAAGUAUUUAUAUAUCUAUCUGUUUUUUCACAUUAUGUCAGAUUUCACACUUUUUUUCUGUGAUUUUAUUUUCUUGACUGAUCUUUUGAAAGUAAUAGCAGCUCUGAGAAACCACCAAGCAUGCUAGAGAAACCACUAGUUUAGUUGAAACCAUAGUUUUAUUCAUUAAUUGUGUCAAAAUAUACGUUUGUAUUGGCUAUUUAUUUGCAUGGCAAUGUUAGUGAAGUGGUAUUCAUUUAAUCGCAUUAUAUUGACAUGUAAAUACAGAUAUUGUAGAACAACUUUCUUUAGUACAUUGUAGUCUAUCCCCGUGUAAUAGUUUAGUCCAUUUGGGGCAUUAUUUCCAUCUUUUGGGUGUAUGAUUGUCUUAAUGGACUCAUCCUAAUGGCAAUGAUUAUUGUGCAUUGAAAAAAACAGUAAAUUUUCGGUAAGACGAGUUAAUGUCUAGAUUGGAGAUCUCGGGAAUUAAUCAAAACACUGAUGGAACAACUUUAACCACUUUUUUUAUACGAAAGAAAAACAAAUUUUUAUUGUGUCUAUUGCAACAUCGAGGCAAUGUUUACAAAUGAUUAUAUUUUUGUGUUUUUACUUAAAGGCAGCCGCUGCGUCAUAUUUUGAAUUGUUUAAACUAUUAUUUUUGUUGGAUUUUUUUUUUUGCUACUGUCUUUAUAAAAAUGAUUUUCAAAGCACAAAAUUUUUUUUUUACAAAAUUAAGGAAAUAUUUAUAUAUAUAUAUUUUUAUGCACUUAAUUUUCCCUUCUCUUUUUCUAAAUCCAUAUGUAAUAAUGAAACAUUGAUUGAAUUCCAGUUUAUGUAUUAAUCUUCCCUCUUCCCGCAUGGUAUUCAUCAAAAAUUACAAAUACUCAGUGCUGUCACUUCACAUCAUCAGGUUGCCUGGUCUUGUAUGUGAUCUGCCAUCCCCCAUGAUCUGCCAUCCCCUGCAUUGCUGGGGGAGUUUGGGUUAGGAUGUAAUAAUCUUCAGUUUUGAAGAGACAUCUUAAACACAUAAAACAAAAAGUCUCUUUUGGAACCUGGUUAUUCAGAGCAGCCUCUAUUUUUUUAAGCCUUGAAUCAUGUAGUAAAUUGUUCCACAUUUUUGUUUUCAAUGUAAACGUCAAAACCACAUAAUGUAUCAUAUAGAGGUUAUAUCCUUCCAAUUAGAGAUCAGCCUUUCCAACCCUAUUACCUCUUGUAUUGGUCCAUCAUCACAAAGUUGAGUUUUUCUCACAAGUUCUAUGUUAAUAUGAGGAGCUUAUUUUCAACCAAGUAUUUGGUGGGUUAUUUACAACCAAGUAUUUGGUGGGUAAAGUGUUACUUGACUUCUAAUGACUGGUAACAUUUUCCCAGAAUCCUUUGCUUUCAUUUCUUACACUACUUGAACAGGGGGGAGGAAAAUUACUUUAGUAUGUCUAUAUAUUGUACACUGAUAGUCAGCUGUAUAUUCCCAGAAUAUUUUUUUGGUACUCUGCAUGUUAGGUUAGAGAGAGUGUCUAUUCUUUGAUUUAAUUUAAAAGGUAUUCUAAUUUUCUAGAAAUGGCGAUUACAUUUUGUUCUAAGCUAAGUAAAACGUUAUUAUAUUUCAAUUCGCUUUGUUAAAGUGACAACAUAUUACAAAAUUACUGCACAAAAUAAAUAUCAUAUCAUUUGAAUAUAUGUAAACUGUUUUUUCAGUAACCUACUGUUUAGGUACUGGUACUGGUAACUUAAAAUGUAAAAGUUCUGGACUUGUCUUUUCACUGGACUACAAAGUGAAAUGCACAAGUCCAUUCAGAGCAAAGGUUUAGAAAAAGGGAAUGCUAUAAAUAUGUGCCCCCCAUGAAUAGACACAUUAUGCUGUCUUGACAUUUUAUUCUAUGAUUUGUUUGUUGUAAAUGGUUGUAAUUUUUUUUUUUCACAAAUAAAUUUGUCAUUUCUAUACCAUAGACUGUUUGAUAAUAAAUAGUUGUCUUUAAUAAAUAUUGGAUUUGUGUUUUA